ACCUCCCCCAAGAGCGUAGGUUCUGAGAAACAAUCCAGAAAUGAAGGUCGGUGCUUAUCAGCAGUAGUUUCCUCUCAAUUUGCAGAGAAUCCGAAGCCAUAACUUUUUUUUGGCUAAAUCUUAAUGGGGUCCCGACACGAGCAACGACGCUUCUGUACCUGUAGAGCUACGGCUCGAUUCACAGUCUCAAUCUCCACCGCCUUUGAAUUUCUUUCCCUGAUUUUUUUCGAAUUGUCGGCGCAAAGUUCUGUUUGCGCUCUUCUUAUAUAUCCUCUGCUCCAUUUACCAACCCAAUCAGACGAAUCCGUGGCUGGGGCUUUCUUUGAUCGUUCCCAGACCGUUAAUUUUGGUUUGAUUGUUUGGGUUUUAUAGAUGAACCCCACGGAGGAGGGCGAUUCGAUGUCUCCUCUUGAGAAAGGCAAGGCUCCGAUUGGGGGGUCUUCUUCUUCUUCUGCUCAAUCGGAGUCUGAUGCCGCUGGGUUUUCUUCGGCUUGUGAAUUUUUAUCGCCCUUUUCGCGGGAGUUAAUGGGUUCUGAACCGUUUUCUCCUCGUGGGUCUUUUCUUGAUGAUACUGCAGCGGGGAUUUCGAUGGUGAGCAUUGGCCUUUCGGCUGAAAUUCCAAUGCCAUCUUCUUCUGCACCCCACCUGUUCGACGUUAAGCUUGAACCAGAUAAAGGAGGAGAUUUGGAUCCUUUUGUCGUGUCGUGUACAGGGAGUGAUGUGCCUCAACCUCUCGAAUGCCUUCAGGGCCAGCUAGUUCCGCCAUUUCUGUGGAAGACUUUCGAUCUUGUUGAGGAUCCUGCGCUUGAUUCGAUUGUGUCCUGGGGUUCUACAGGGCAGAGCUUUGUGGUUUGGGAUCCAGUGGAGUUUUCUAGAGUUAUCCUUCCUUCUAAUUUCAAGCACAACAACUUCUCCAGUUUUGUCAGACAGCUUAACACUUAUGGCUUCCGCAAGAUCGAUACAGACAGAUGGGAAUUUGCAAAUGAAGCUUUCCAACGAGGGAAGAGGCAGUUGUUAAAGAACAUUCAGAGGCGCAAAUCACUUCAUUCUCAGCAAAUUGGAAGCUUGAUAGGGCCUUCUACUGCAGGAGGGAAAUCUGGAUUGGAAGAUGAGGUUGGUAGGUUAAAGAAAGAGAGGAGCAUGUUAAUGCAAGAGGUUGUUGAAUUGCAACAGCAACAGAAGGGAACUGCUCGGCAUGUGAAUAUGGUGAACCGGCGUCUCCAGUCUGCCGAGCAGAGGCAGAAACAGAUGAUUUCUUUCUUGUCAAAGUUGCUUCGGAAUCCAUCAUUCUUAUCUCGCCUGCAGAAAAAGAAGGAACAGAAAGAUAUUGAUUCCCCAAGGAUGAAACGAAAAUUUGUUAAGCAGCAUCAAUAUGAAACAGACGAUAUUACGCCGUCCAUGGAAGGGCGGAUUGUGAAAUACCAACCUGAUUGGGAAAAUCUCGCCGUAUCUUCCAUGGCACUGGAUCUGAAUCCAAACCUUAUCGAAGGACCUUCUGCUAACCUUCUGCAGGGAAUAUCUGGAGAAUUGAGUUCAAUAYCAGAAAGCAUGUCAAAAUUUCAGUUUGAGAAUGCUUCAUCAAGUGAUGUAAUGGCGUCUGAGGAAUUAGCAUUCCAUCAUGGAAUUACAAAAACAACAGAAGAGCUGAGGGUGGAGGCUUCAAAUAUGACAAUGGAGGAUCAACAUUUCAAAGGAAAGGCUAUUGGGAGUCCCCCACAAGAGUUCAAUCCUGACUACUUUGUCUCUUUGGCAGAGGAUAUUCUACAGUCCUCACAUCUUGGAACUGGAAGUGUCAUUAAACCAGAAGAAAUAUGGAGUGCAGAUUUGAAUGCUGGUGCUGAUAUGUCCAGUUCGAGCAGCGAGUUGUGGAGUAAUGCAGUCAUCUUCGAGGAUCCAUUUUUGCGAGUUUCUAGCGGAUUGUCGCCAAUCUGGGAUUUAGGCUCCCUGCAGGCUGGAGAUUUAGCUGGAGCUUCGGGCACGGAUAAGUGGUCGGCUGCUGGUUUCCCAUUCGACGAGCCAGAUGGUCAAGAUAAUCCCAAGAAUGGCCAUGACCCUGAGAAUAGAGAAUAGAGGCUUCAUUUASUAUUUACUUUUGCAGCUAUUAUGAUUCCUAGUUAUAUAUAGUUGCAGGAACUAUGAACUGAAUGAUUUAUUUACUUAGAAAAUGAAUUGAUUAUGCACAUGCAUCUUUUCUUA